CUGAGCUUCUAGCUGGGUCUGUCUCUAGCCUCCGCCGGUGAGGCCUCAUUCCCAGGUAGGCUUGGGAAAGCGAUCGUGGCACCCUGGAUCAGUUUUUGGAUUCCCGAGGCAGCUCCAGCGCGCACCAGCGGGCAUACAGCUGCCUCAAGGAGUUGGGCAAGAUGCUGUUUGGUGUCAAGGACAUCGCACUGCUGGAGCACGGGUGCAAGGCCUUGGAGGUGGACAGUUACAAGUCCCUGAUGAUCCUGGGGAUUCCGGAGGACUGCAACCACGAGGAGUUUGAGGAGAUCAUACGGGUCCCUCUCAAGCCUCUGGGCAAAUUCGAAGUGGCUGGGAAAGCCUUUCUGGAGGAAGACAGGACCAAGGCAGCCAUCAUUAGACUGGCGGAGGAGCUCAACUAUGCCGUGGUCCCCAGGGAGAUCAAGGGCAAGGGCGGGAUGUGGAGAGUGGUCUACAUGCCCCGGAAGCAGGACGUCGAAUUCCUGACCAAGCUGAACCUGUUCCUGCAGAGCGAGGGCCGAACGGUGGAAGAUGUGGCCCGAGUCCUGAGACAGGAACUGUGCCCGACAGCGACAGGUCCCAGAGAGCUGCCCGCCGUGAAGUGCUGCCUGCCUCUGCCUGGGGAGCACCCAGAGGCCGGGGCCACUGCCAGGGUGGAUGCGGUGCCACCUCCGAGCUCCCUGGAGAAGGAGAGCAAGGCUGGAGAGGGCAAGAGGAGCAAGAGGAAGCACAAGAAAAACCGUCGACGGCGCCACGCCUCCGACAAGAAGCUGUGA